AUGGCGUCAUCAAGUGACAAUGAAACAGGUUUCUCGGAAAAUGAUAUAUAUUUUGCCCGUCAAACAUUUUUGCGCGAUUGCCCGAAUGGGUACUGCACAAAACGAAAAUUUCUCGCCUUUCUUCGAAAGUCGUCGUUACAUCCUUCGUUUCCAAAAUCUACACGUUCGAAUAUCCUUGUUCAAAUGUUAAUCCCAAGACAAACUUAUCGUCAAAGUCGCAAAUUUUUCUCGAUGAUGUUCGACAUCUACGAUCGAAAUCAAGAUGGCCGAUUGGAUUUUCACGAAUAUCUUUACGCUCUCUCCGCUCUUACCGGUGCGAAUCGUUUGCGCACCAUCGAGACUUUAUACAAUUUUUUUGAUGAUGAUAAUCAAGGUUACAUAACACGAGAAGAAUUCAAUUCGAGAAAGAAAUUAGCAGCACAAUUUCUCGGCCGAUACCAACCGACAAUCAAUGAAAACUUAUCCUAUGAACAAGCAUUCAACACAAUGGAUACUAAUCGUGAUGGACGAAUAACAAAAGAAGAAUUCAUUCAAUGGCAUUUACAAGAUCAUCUAAUGUCGGAUGAAGCGAAACCGGUGAAAAAACGAACGCGCUUGUUGAAAAAUUUAACAACACUAGUCGAGCAUCGAGGUGGACAUAUCAAAACUUCUUCGUUGCAAACUAACGAUAAUAACAAGAUCUCAGUUGACGCGUGGUUAGAAACAAACAUGAAUCAACAAUCGGAUCUUUCGUCUAUUCCGUCAUCACCAACAUCGAUCAAUGCCGAUCGUUAUUUAUUGAAAGUUCUUCGUCGAGCACGAAAUCGUUUUAUUCAAUCGCGACAUUCAUCGCCUAUCGAUAAUCAAUCCGAUUCAGGUGUAUUUACUUCCUCGUCGAUAACAAAUUUCACUGAUGAUUACGAAUCUGAUAGUUUACGUGAUACAGAUGAAGAUUAUCUACAGUCAACGGAUGCAAAUGAUCCAAAUAAUGAACUUCUGUGUCAAUCUCUAGAAGUUGUUCUUAUGGAAACAUUGAUUGAACUACGGCAACAUCGACAACGACGUUCAACGAAGUUCGAACAAGUUCUAAUAACACGAUUGUAA